UAUAUUUUUUGUUCCAUAUUUUCUACAUCGUAAUGUAUGUUUGUGAAUUGUGGAAUAAAUCAAUAGCAUGGGAUAAUCAGCUAUGUUGGAAUACAUCUAAUGAUACAAGAAGAUAUUCAAUCAAAUAUCACGACAUAAGGUGCAUUUGGUUUUUCAAAUCAUGUGGAAAAAUCCAUAUGUUCUUGGUGGUGCCGGUGGUAUAGCUUUGCUGGGUGCAACAAUACACCAAUAUGCAAAUUAUGUAUCAAAAAAUACUGGAUUUCAUCAUAAAGAUCCAGAUCCAACGUUACGAAUAGUAGAAAAAGAUGUUCUGAUACCAAAAUACAUGACUGAUACAGCUCAAAAAGUAAAAUGCAAAACUGAAUCAAUUGCUUUUCAUAAUUGUGUUCUGAAAACAGAACCAAAUACUUGGGCAAGAUUCAUGACAUUCAAAUCCUGCAAGAGAGAAGCCGAUGCAAAAAUGGAAUGCAUGAAUAAGUGGUUUAUGGAUUGGGAUUUUUAUUUAGAAAACAAGAAAGCAUACUUGGCCGAAAAGGCAUUGUUCAAAUACACAAAAGUGUGUAAAAAAGACAGAAAUUUGGUGAAAACAUCAAUUAUCGAAAAUAGUGAAAUGCAAGGUAAUUUAGAUGAAAAUGUUCAGAAUUACCGAAAAUCCGUUAAAGAUUACUAUGAAAGAACUGCUGAUUUAGAUAUAUUUGAUAACUUGAUUAUUAUGGAAUAUGAACAGAAAAUGAAUGAAAAGAUCCAUAAGCUAGGAGGAAAUGCAACUGUAGGAGUUGUUUAAUAAUCGUUACAUUUCACUGAUCGCAGUUAGCUCAUUAUAUCAGUCUUUUUACAAGACUAGGUGGAAAAUCAGAAUGAUAUUUAUAAAAAGGCAUGUGUAGAUUUGCUCGAAUAAUCAGCGUUUACGAUUUCUUCCCUUUCAAUAAAAACCAUGUUUCAAUAUUUCUG